AUGAGUUACGUCGCUAAGGGCGAAAAAGACUACGAUGCUGCUGGCGCCGUACCGGCUGCCAAGAUGCACAAAAUCCGCAUCACCCUCACGAGCAGCAACGUCAAGAACUUGGAGAAGUUCUCUGCCGACUUGAUCAACCGGGCUAAGGACAAGCAGCUCCGCGUCAAGGGCCCCGUCCGCCUGCCCACCAAGGUCCUCAAGAUCACCACCCGUAAGACUCCUUGCGGUGAGGGUUCGAAGACCUGGGACCGCUACGAGCUCAAGGUCCACAAGCGUCUCAUUGAUCUCCACUCCUCCAGCGAGAUCGUCAAGCAGAUCACUAGCAUCAGCUUGGAGCCCGGUGUCGAGGUCGAGGUUACUAUCUCUGCUUGA